GCUUCUGCUGUGCACGUUCUUGUGUGGUUUGGUCGAGAUGAGAUUAGCCUACAGCUUGUGUUCGGUUUCCAGUAAUAGGAAUGCAAUUUUUAAAACCAAAAGUCAGAUUCAUUCGUUUUUCAAAUCUUCACUGAGUUUUGAGGAAGUAAGGAACCCCCCAGGGAAAGCAAUGCCAAAGGGACGAAUAUUCGUUCACUCCCCCGACUUCGCACAGGUUACUCCUGACGCGGUUUGCUCAUACUUCGACGUUUCAGGAUGGGCACGAGAGAGUAGUUGCCACUCUGUGGAGAACGACAGAACAUGGACCUGCGUCUUUCCGUCUUAUUUCUUCUUUUCCCGUCCGUCAUGUGCAUGUGGGGCUUCAUGACCAUUGCAGACUUUCAAUGUCCAGGGAUCUGUAUGUGCUCUCCCAAGACGAUCAGAUGCAACCGUGUGACUGAACUAUCCCUGCCAGUAGCUCAAAGAGACUCAUACAGGCGACUGACCCUCACUCAUCUGUCCCUGAAGCGCAUCGCCGGCCGUGCCUUUGAGGAACUGGGCGGGGUCUUGAGCAUCGAAAUCACGCAGAGUGCCUCCCUGGAGAUCAUAGAAGCCCUGGCGUUCAACAACCUCCCCAAUCUCUCUGAAAUCUUGAUCCAGAACACCAGGCGGUUGGCACACUUCAGUCGGAAGGCAUUCAACAACCUCCCGAAGCUACAAUACCUGAGCAUCUCCAACACUGGAAUCAGCCUGUUUCCUGACCUGUCGGCUAUUUCUUCACUGCAGUCUAAUUUCAUCCUUGAUAUCUGUGAUAAUCUAAACCUUCAAUCAAUUCCAUCAAAUGCAUUCAUUGGGAUGACCAAGGAGCAUACAGACAUGAACCUCUAUAACAAUGGUUUCAAAGAAGUACAGGAUCAUGCAUUCAAUGGAACAAGGAUCAAUAAGCUGGUUUUAAAAAAUAACAAAAAGCUGAAAAUGAUCCACAGCGAUGCCUUUAAAGGUGCUUUUGGACCAAGUACACUAGACGUUUCCGCCACGGCGGUGGAGGCCCUGCCGGAGCGGGGCCUGGAGGCGGUGCUGGUGCUGGUGGCCCGGGGCGCCUACGCCCUGAAGAGCCUCCCGCCGCUGACGGGGCUGCAGAGCCUGCAGGAGGCCCAGCUGACCUACCCCAGCCACUGCUGCUCCCUCAGAGAAGCUGAUGUCUUUGCUGAGUGGAGUAACAGAUCAGCAUUCUGCAACGAUGUCAGUCUGUUAGAACGGAUGCUGGCCCUGAGCGUGGACCUUCCCCUCGCGCCCGAGUCCGUGGACCCAAGCCCAGAGGUCUACAGCAGCAUAGACCUCCAUUAUCCGGAGUUUGAUUUCUGCCACUCCAGGAGGGCCCCCCGGUGCGCGCCCGAGGCAGACGCCUUCAACCCCUGCGAGGACAUCGUGGGCUUCGGUUUCCUGCGCGUGGCCAUCUGGGUCAUCAGCACGCUGGCCAUCGCGGGCAACCUGACCGUGCUGGCGGUGCUCGUCGCCAGCCGGCGGAAGCUGAACGUGCCGCGCUUCCUCAUGUGCCACCUGGCCUUCGCCGACCUCUGCAUCGGGGUCUACCUGCUCACGAUCGCCGCCGUCGACCUGCGGACCCGGGGCGACUACAGCCGGCACGCCAUCGCCUGGCAGACGGGGGGCGGGUGCGGGGCGGCGGGCUUCCUGUCCGUGUUCGGCGGCGAGCUGUCCGUCUACACCCUGACCGUGGUCACCCUGGAGCGCUGGCACACCAUCACCAACGCGCUGCGGCGCGACAGGAAGCUGGGCCUGGCCCGCGCGGCGGUCGUCAUGGCGACCGGCUGGCUGCUCUGCCUGUCCGUGGCGCUGCUCCCCCUGCUGGGCGUCAGCAGCUACGGCAAGGUGAGCGUGUGCCUGCCCGUCGACAUCGACACGCCCUGCGCCCAGACCUUCGUCGUCCUCCUCCUCCUCCUCAACGUCGCGGCCUUCUGCGUGGUCUCCGCCUGCUACGUGGCCGUCUACCUGGCGGUGAGGAAGCCGGGGUUCGCCGGCGGCAGGAGCUCCGACGCCCGGAUGGCCAAGCGCAUGGCGGUGCUGGUCUUCACCGACUUCGUCUGCAUGGCGCCCAUCUCCUUCUUCGCCAUCUCCGCCGCCUUCAGGACGCCGCUCAUCACCGUCACCAGCUCCAAGAUCCUGCUGGUGCUCUUCUUCCCCGUCAACUCCUGCGCCAACCCCUUCCUGUACGCCAUUUUCACCAGGGCCUUCCGGCGGGACGCCUGCGCUCUCCUGGGGAGGCUGGGGUGCCACAAGGGCGGGUACCGGACGGGGGCAUCCUCCUCCGAAAACAAAGUGGGAAAGUGUAGCAGCUCUGUGGCGAAUAACGGGAUCUCCUGCACCGCCCUGAAAAUGUGUACUAUGACACGGCAGGACCGGGGUCCAGGGGGGUCUUGGGGCCUAUCCCAGCAUGCUUUGGGCGAGAGACAGGAAUACCCUGGAGGAGAAAGGAUCGCAUUCCUUCGUCUUAAGAAUCGUAACUUUCAACUGAAGGGUAUUAUUUACGAAGGGAGUUAUAGGUGGUCUAUUGGAAGUAAAUUAUAUAUGCAAACCGCUAUGUCACAUACGGAUAUCAAAAGAAGAUCCUGGAUAAUAAACAUUGUCGUUCUCGUUGCAUUAAUUGUCUGCAAAUUGUCAACAGGUCUGACAGCGGAGGAGCAUGAUGGGAGCCUGCGCUCAGGGCACUCGCCGUCCAGACGGGACGUCCGAUCCCUCAGACCCACAGACCUCCUUCCCCUGGCUGUCCCGACCGCUGACCCCGCCCCCGUGGAGCCCCCCAUCGCCUCGGGACGGGCACCCAAGGUGCACCUGACUCAGGAGGACAUCCGGAGGCUCCAGUUCAAGCCCACGGUGGGCCGGAUCCUGCUGUCGGAGGGCAUGGCGGUCAUGGUCAACUGCUCCAUCGACAUCCACAACGUUCGGCUGGACCUGGCCAUACUGUGGUGGAAGAACGGCAGGGAGCUGGCGCAGAACCAGCAGGCGGUCAACGAGCUGCAGACUGAGAGCCAAGGGGUGAUCACUCUGCUGUCCACUCUCAGCAUUAAGAGUGUUCAGCGCAGUGAUGCUGGGGAGUACCACUGCAGGCUGAUUGUUAGCAACACAGUGAUCGAGUCUCAGCCCAUUCACAUCCAGGUCGAAGGCCUCCCAACGUUCACCAGGCACCCCGAGGACAUGAACGUCACGCGCGGCACCCCCUUCAGCCUGUCCUGUGCAGCGAUUGGUCCCCCUGACCCUGUCACCAUCGCAUGGCUGCGCAAUGGGAAGCACCAGGGGUCCUCCCGCCUCUCCCCCUAUGACAUCACUAUACCAGGUGUGGACAGCCCCACCCACUUCAGCUGUGAGGCUCGCAAUCAGAAGGGCGUCACCACCUCCAGGGAAGCGCGCAUCAACGUCAAAGAGCUUCCGUCUCCAGUCUCCCAGCUGCUUGUGCAAUCCAGGGCCUCCAAUAAUCUCACCCUGCAGUGGACCCCUGGCCAUGAUGGAUUCUCCCCCCUCACCACCUGCCACGUCAUGGUGAAGGAGAUGGCACCAAGAGAAGGCGAGGCUACGCGUGUCAUUCACACCUCGGUCCCGCCCUUCCGAUUGGACAUCGCAGACCUGCGGGCCAUGACCUGGUACAGCAUGAGCGUGUCCUGCAGCAACGAGAUUGGCCCAUCCCCGUACAGCGCCUGGGUGCAGGCCAAUACCACAGAAGGAGUGCCCUCAGUACCCCCCCACAACCUGACUGUUCAGCUGAACGAAUCGGUGCUGGUGGUCCGCUGGGAUGCCCCCCCUGUGGAGAAGGUGAACGGAAUCCUGCAGGGCUAUGAUGUCAUCAUUAGCCGGGGGAAACACGUCAGCACAAUUCGCAGUGACACAAACGUGGCCUACAUCACGGUACAGGAGUUCAACGCUACGUACGCGGUCCAGGUGGCGGCCCGCACUCAGAAGGGCCAAGGGGCGCUCAGCCUGCCCGUGGCCUAUUUUGUACCUGAGGCCGACCUGGCCCUGUCCCCGUCCUCCAGCCCCGACACCAGGGACUCUGACUCCAUGUAUGUUGUGCUGGGGGUGGUGUGCGGUUUCUGUCUGCUUCUGCUUGCCCUGUGGGGAGCCAUGUGUGUGCGUGCCAGGGUCCUGGAGACGCGCUUUGGGCAGGUGUUUGGAAGUGGAGAGCACAUUAACCCUGUUGUCGAGUACAAAGCUCAGAGGUCCUACAACCGAUCUGCUAUUGAAGUCACACUUGCUAAUCUGGGAGUUAGCGCAGAGCUUCAGGCCAAGCUUCAGGAUGUGAUGGUUGUCAGGUCUCUGCUGUCCAUUGGGAAGGUCCUGGGGGAAGGUGAAUUUGGCUCAGUUGUGGAGGGUCGCCUAAAGAAACCAGAUGGAACGAUGGAGAAGGUUGCAGUGAAAACAAUGAAAUUGGACAACUUUUCCCAGCGGGAGACUGAGGAGUUUCUGAAUGAAGCUGCAUGCAUGAAGGACUUCCACCACCCAAACGUUAUCAGACUCCUAGGUGUGUGUUUGGAGAUGGGCUCCAGUCAUUUUGCCAAGCCUAUGGUCAUUCUUCCCUUCAUGAAGUAUGGAGACCUCCACAGCUUCCUGCUUCGCUCCCGUCUCGGGGAGAGCCCUAUGUACCUGCCAACGCAGACUCUCCUCAAGUUCAUGAUUGACAUUGCUCUGGGUAUGGAGUACCUCAGCAGCAGAAACUUCCUGCACAGGGACCUGGCUGCCCGCAACUGCAUGCUGAGGGACGAUAUGGCGGUCUGCGUGGCAGAUUUCGGCCUGUCUAAGAAGAUCUACAGCGGGGAUUACUACAGGCAGGGCCGAAUCGCCAAGAUGCCAGUGAAAUGGAUCGCAGUGGAGAGCCUGGCUGACCGGGUUUUCACUGUCAAAAGUGACGUGUGGGCGUUCGGUGUGACCAUGUGGGAGAUAGCGACGAGAGGGAUGACGCCGUACCCUGGCGUUCAAAACCAUGAGAUUUACGACUACCUCCUGGACGGUCAAAGACUGAAGCAGCCAGCAGACUGCCUGGACGAGCUGUAUGAGAUCAUGUACACUUGCUGGAGGGCCGAUCCAGUGGACCGACCCUUCUUCCCCCAGCUGCGGGUUCAACUGGAGAAGUUGACAGAGAAGCUUCCAGAAGCAUCCAGCAGAGAGGACAUCAUCUAUAUCAACACCAGUCUUCCAGAGGAGGAGCCAGAGGGAGAGGCGGAGCCAGGCCCAGGCCUGCCAGUCUUUACCUCCUCCCCUUCUUGCAGCCGCCCCAUGCCUGGUACCUGCCUUGUCACAGCUGAUAUCCACGAGAGCAUAGAAGAGGAGGCGGAUGAGGAAGACGACCGCUACGUCAUUGUCAUCUCCGCUGAGGACCCUGCUGUGAGAGGUGUGGGAGAUGUGGACACACCUCUCCUGACAACUGAUGGACAGGCCACGCCAGCCAAUGGCAGCCAAGCUGGUCAUAGCCUACGUACAGAACAGCCCCCCAGUCACUCUCUGCUCCUGCUAUGAGAAAGCAGGCCCACCAUGUCUGGGGGUAGAAACUAAAACAAAAGCGGAAUAAAUUCCUUUCAUUUCUUUUGAAAGUGUACCAUCAACCCCCCAUUCCUACUCCAACUUGUUGUAUACUGGUUACAUGACCUGCCCAGGUGAAUUGCCUGCUGAUAGGCUGGUGUUUCUGAAGAUGAUAGAGCAAUGUCCCUACUGCUGAAUCUUUGUAGUUUGGAAUUGGUAAUACUUACCGUGCCACAGAAACAAAAACUGCCGUCAGAUUUCAACCCAUGUACAUUCUGAGAUGUUGAUAUCUGGCCUGAAGUUUUACAAUAAGUCAGUAUGUAAAAGUGACUAAAGCUGUGAAUAGCAAACACCAUUUAUUAUUAUUUUUAUUUUAUUUUAUUUUUUUGAAGGGGGGGGGGGGGCACAACAUUCAACAGUAUUUUACUAUUGCUGAAGGUCCUCUGUGAAUCUGUAUUAUGUGGCAGCCCUGUUCUAAUCCCUAUGCAAUAUGAGCAUGCACAGUUUAUACCAAGAUACCUUGGUGACAUAUUUUAAUGUUUUUAUACUGAAGGAUUUAUUAAAGAAAGCAAUAUGAACUUCUGAACUUCUUUAAAUCAUAUAUGUAUGUACAUUAUGAAUAUGUAUGUAUGCUGUACAUUCUGCCUUAAUAAGAUUUAUCAAAAGAGCUUUAUCCCAGCUAGCUAAAUACCGUAGCUAAUACACUUUUUCAGGCUCGACAAAAGACCAGUUGAAGGUGGAUAAUAGUAAAAUCUGGAUGGGACACUGACAAUAUACCUUCGGGCAGGGACUUCAUCUCAAGUUGCUCGGUGACAAAAAUCAAGCAAAGUAGAUUUAUCUCUGAAUAUAUGCCAUAUAUGUAGCAUUGUAAACUAAAUAAAAGUGUUGCCUUGAUAUGGGUUGCCUACAAAGAAAAUGUAGUCCUUGUAACUGAAUGGAAUUCUGAACUGUUAUUGCAUCGUUAAAUUGCACUUUGUUGUACAGAUGUACAUGAUGAUUUGUACUUGAAUAUAUUGUUGGCAGUGUGCAUUUGGCAGUGAAGAAUUUUGAAUUGUCAGCACAAUAAAGAUGUAUAUGUUGUAUGCCAA